UAAAACACGAACUUUGCCCCGCUACUUUACCCAGUACCCUCUGCAUAACCACACGGCCGCCGCUGUUAGGCAGGUUCACCUCACUCAUCGAUUUAACUCUUCACCAUGGCAGCUCCGAAGAAAGUCUGCAUCAUUGGCUCCGGAAACUGGGGUUCUGCCAUUGCCAAGAUAGUGGGUGCCAAUGCUGCUCAGAAUGCAAAGUUUGACAACACUGUAAAGAUGUGGGUGUUUGAAGAAACGGUGAAUGGGCGGAAACUGACUGAAAUAAUCAACAGUGAGCAUGAAAAUGUGAAGUAUCUUCCUGGGCACAAGCUGCCACACAAUGUGGUGGCUGUCCCGGACCUGGUGGAGGCUUCCAGUGAUGCAGACAUCCUGGUGUUUGUGAUCCCCCACCAGUUUAUUGGGAAAGUGUGUGACACCAUGAAGGGGAAGAUAAAGAGUGAUGCACUGGGGAUAUCCCUCAUCAAGGGUGUAGAUGAGGGGCCUGAUGGACUGAAACUGAUCUCUGAUGUGAUCCAGGAGAAGCUGGGCAUCACCAUGAGCGUGCUGAUGGGGGCCAACAUCGCCAACGAGGUGGCCGACGAGAAGUUUUGUGAGACUACCAUUGGAUGCAAGAACAAAAAUCACGGGAUUCUGCUGAAGGAGCUCAUGCAAACCAACAACUUCCGGGUGACUGUGGUAGAGGAGUAUGAUGUGGUGGAAAUCUGUGGAGCCUUGAAGAACAUUGUGGCAGUCGGCGCAGGUUUCUGUGACGGGCUGGGCUUUGGGGACAACACGAAGGCCGCUGUGAUCAGGUUGGGCCUGAUGGAGAUGAUCGCCUUUGCCCGCAUUUUCUGCACUGCUGGGCCCGUUUCCUCGGCAACCUUCCUGGAGAGCUGUGGUGUGGCUGACCUCAUCACAACCUGCUAUGGCGGCCGCAACCGCAAAGUCGCCGAAGCUUUUGCCAAGACUGGGAAGUCCAUCGAGGAGCUGGAGAAGGAGAUGCUGAAUGGCCAGAAGUUGCAGGGACCAGCAACAGCAGCUGAAGUCCAUGUCAUCCUCAAGCACAAAAACCUGAUUGACAAGUUCCCUCUGUUCAAUGCAGUGUAUCAGAUCUGCUACCAGGGCCAUCCGGUCACAGAGUUCAUAGGCUGUUUGCAGAACCACCCAGAGCACAUGUAACACUCAGCUGACCAAGUGCCUUCUAGAGGAUCACCACCACUUUCAUCGGUGUGAAAUGGAUGGAAGGCCACCAGUCACUCCACCGCUGCCAUGCAACAAGCUGACUCCAGCCAAUGAGUGGGACUCAUGUUCCUCAUCCAGAGAAAUUGCCUGGAUGUUCAGCUGUAGUCCAACCACUUUGUCCAUACAUUCAGGUUUUGACUUUUUUUUUUUUUUUCUUAAGUGCUUUUAUCCAUUCCCUGACUUCCACACAUACUUGAAGGAUAAUUCUUAUUAAUUAUUUUUUCUAUGUGCUAGAGGUCUUUUUGCCUGAAGAGCAGCCUCAGUCAGAUCAAAUUAAGCAUGAAUGGUUUGAUUCUGUGGUUAUCAUGACCAGCACCAAAACUUAACCACAGCUGGUACAGAAAAUUUGUAUCGUAGGACACAACCAUCGUAAUUUAAUGAAUUCUUUAAUUACGAUUUGGCCAUGAAAUUUGCACCAUUUAGGUUGACUCAGCUGACAUUCAUUGAGUUUAAACAGUGGCUGAAUGAUUUGUUUGUAUGGUGCUUACUUUAAGGCCAGAAUCAUCAUGCAUUCUGACUUUCCCAGGGCCAACCACUCAGCUAAGACCCACUUUACCGUCAUGUGCAGAGGGAAUUCUCCUUAAACCUAACAUUUAUGUUGCCGUCCAAUGAAAAGACAUCUGUCCAUCACUAGAAGUUAUUUGAUUUAUCAGUGUAAUACCUCACUUAUGUUGACAUAAUUAUUUUUGUGAAUAGGCCUUUGUAUGCUCUUAAGUGUCUUACAUAAUUCACUAUGUUCCUGUCUUGUACUGUAUGUUAACCUACUGUAGAGUUUUGCAUAGCAAUGGUUUAAAAAGUGCCUUACCAUAUCAGGUUUGCGAAAAGUCUUGGCUGUUUGUCUCAUGUGUCAAACCAAAGACUUUACUCCUUAUGUCCUCUCAUUCAGACAGUUCUUACCAUGACCCUGCCUUUGUGUUUCACUCAGUUGUGGCUACAAUGUAUAGAAAAUUAUAUCCCUUUGAAAUAAAUUGAUUCUGUCAUCAAAGCA